AUGAUGAUGAUGUCCCUAAACAGCAAGCAGGCGUUCAGCAUGCCGCACGGCGGCAGCCUGCACGUGGAACCCAAGUACUCUGCACUGCACAGCGCCUCGCCCGGCUCCUCGGCGCCCGCGGCGCCCUCAGCCAGCUCUCCCAGCAGCUCCAGCAAUGCUGGCGGUGGAGGUGGCGGCGGAGGCGGUGGCGGAGGCCGGAGCAGCAGCUCCAGUACCAGUGGCAGCAGCGGCGGCGGCGGCGGCAGCGGGGGCUCGGAGGCGAUGCGGAGAGCUUGUCUUCCAACCCCACCGAGCAAUAUAUUCGGCGGGCUGGAUGAGAGCCUGCUGGCCCGUGCUGAGGCUCUGGCCGCUGUGGACAUCGUCUCCCAGAGCAAGAGUCACCACCACCACCCGCCCCACCACAGCCCCUUCAAGCCGGACGCCACUUACCACACCAUGAACACCAUCCCGUGCACAUCGGCUGCUUCCUCUUCAUCUGUACCCAUCUCGCACCCAUCCGCACUGGCCGGCACGCACCACCACCACCACCAUCACCACCACCACCACCACCAGCCGCACCAGGCGCUCGAGGGUGAGCUGCUGGAGCACCUGAGUCCCGGGCUGGCCCUGGGUGCCAUGGCUGGCCCCGACGGCGCGGUGGUGUCCACGCCGGCUCACGCACCGCACAUGGCCACCAUGAACCCCAUGCACCAAGCAGCUCUCAGCAUGGCUCAUGCACACGGGCUCCCCUCGCACAUGGGAUGCAUGAGCGACGUGGACGCCGACCCGCGGGACCUGGAGGCAUUCGCCGAGCGCUUCAAGCAGCGACGUAUCAAGCUGGGGGUGACCCAGGCAGAUGUCGGUUCCGCGCUGGCCAACCUCAAGAUCCCCGGCGUGGGCUCGCUUAGCCAGAGCACCAUCUGCAGGUUCGAGUCUCUCACGCUGUCACACAACAACAUGAUCGCGCUCAAACCCAUCCUGCAGGCAUGGCUGGAGGAGGCGGAGAAGUCCCACCGCGAGAAGCUCACCAAGCCUGAGCUCUUCAAUGGCGCUGAGAAGAAGCGCAAGCGCACGUCCAUAGCCGCGCCGGAGAAGCGCUCGCUUGAAGCCUACUUUGCCAUCCAGCCGCGACCCUCCUCGGAGAAGAUCGCCGCCAUAGCGGAGAAGCUGGAUCUUAAGAAAAACGUGGUGCGCGUCUGGUUCUGCAACCAGAGGCAGAAACAGAAAAGAAUGAAAUAUUCCGCCGGCAUUUAGGAGACCCUUGGCCAUUCUAGGGACGACCCACUUCUUGUCCCCCUUUUUCUCCCUCUCUCUCUCCUGCCUCUUUUCUUUCCACUUUUGGCGACCAGAAACAAUUCCAGUAAAUGUGAAUCCAGAGAAAGCGAGGAUCGAAG